AUGCCACCUCCACAUCUUGAAUACCAAUCCAUCGAUCACUCGAUCGCCCAAAUCCGCGUCUUGACGAUCCACCCAGGCUCGUCCGACGAUCCAAUCUUAUGCUCCCUCACCCGCCACAGCCUGCAACAUGAAAACGACUACGAAGCCCUCUCCUACACUUGGGGGGAUCCAACCCGCAAUUACUUGAUUUCCAUCGGCGCGGCCUCUCUGCCCGUCACCAAGUCAGCUCAUGAUGCUCUUCGCCACCUCAGACUCAAAGAUCGGGACCGCCGGGUCUGGAUUGACGCCAUCUGCAUCAACCAAGACGACAAUACAGAGAGGAAUCACCAGGUCGAGUACAUGGGACAAAUUUUUAAGGGCGCAUCCCGUGUUCUUGCAUGGCUGGGCCCAGCUGGUCCUGGGACCGACGAGGCCUUUGAGCUCAUUAGAGCUGUUUCUGCGAGGUCCCCCAUGAAGCCGGCUCUGGACGAGGUCAUUUGCCCAGAAAAAGCGCCUCUUAUCGGAUGUGGGAACCAGUGGGAAGACUGGGAGACAUGGGCUGCUGCCAGCCCUCUGGCUAUGGGGGAGGAGCUUGAAGACGUCUUGAACCCAAAGUCGAGCAUAUUGGGGCGUCAAACUUUGAAGGCAUACACCAAGGCUUUCGAAAUGUUCUCGGGGAUCGACUAUCUGCGACAGCAGUCUUAUGAGCUCCAACACCACUACAGUGGCCAUGGCAUCACCAACCUAAACGAGGUCCUCACCGUGAGCAUCAAUACGGAAUGUUCCGACCUUUGA